CCGGCCUCGGCAGGUGACUCUAACCCCUGGGUCUCCGUGUACCUCACGGACGGUGGUCGCUGCCCUGUGGGGAGCCCCCGGACAUCACGGGCUCCACUUUUCCAGCCUUGAAGUGUUUUACAAUCAAAGCAAAGAGAAGAUUUGUGGAUGUUGAAUAUGCAAGGAGCUGAAAACAGAGAGAUUGGAAGAGAGAUGUGUCCAGGUUGGAUGAACAAGCCUGCUCCAGAGCAGGAUGGCACUGAUAUUGAGUUGCCAGGGGUAGCAUCAAAGAGAUCCCGAGAAGAUGAAUACCAGGAUUCUACAUUUGAAGAAAAACAUAUAUGUGAGAACAUGAAGAAAAACCUUCCCAGAGAGGCUCCUGGACCACGCUUUUUCCGAGAAGGUUUUGGAGCAAUAACUUUUAUCCAUAAGGAAGCACCUCCAGAAAUGAUUAGCCAAGAAUAUCAUUUUGAGAGAAGCUUGCUUUUGACCUCAAGUCUUGUUACACAUCUCAGGGUUUCUACAGAAGAGAGCCUACAUAAAUGGGAGACAAGUAGCAUACACACCAAUGAGGUUUCAGGCCAAAGUAAAUAUUUGACCCUCUCUACACAGAAAAAAUCUUGGAAAUGUGGUGAAUGUGGAAAGACCUUUACUCAGCGCUCAUCCUUUACCCAGCAUCAGAGAACUCAUACAAGACCCUACACAUGUGAGGAAUGUGGGAAAACUUUUAGUCGUAGCUCAUUCCUUAUUCGACAUCAAAGAAUUCACACUGGAGUGAAGCCAUAUGAGUGUGAGCAGUGUGGGAAAACAUUUCGAUGUCGAUCAUUUCUUACUCAGCAUCAGAGAAUCCACACUGGAGAGAAACCAUAUAAAUGUAAUGAAUGUGGGAAUUCCUUCCGCAAUCAUUCACAUCUCACUGAACACCAGAGAACUCAUACUGGAGAGAAACCUUACAAAUGUAAUAGGUGUGGGAAGGCCUUCAGUCAGAACACACACCUCAUUCAUCAUCAGAGAAUUCACACUGGUGAGAAACCUUAUUUAUGCAACGAAUGUGGCUCUUCUUUUCGCAAACACUCAAAUCUUACACAGCAUCAGAGAAUUCACACUGGGGAAAAACCGUAUAAAUGUGAUGAGUGUGGGAAAACUUUCCAUACAAAGGCAAACCUCUCUCAGCAUCAGAGAAUUCAUACUGGAGAGAAACCCUAUAAAUGUAAGGAAUGUGGGAAAGCCUUUUGUCAGAGCCCAUCCCUUAUUAAACACCAGCGAAUUCAUACUGGAGAAAAACCAUAUAAAUGUAAGGAAUGUGGUAAAGCUUUUGCUCAGAGCACCCCACUCACUAAACAUCAGAGAAUUCAUACAGGAGAAAGACCCUACAAAUGCAGCGAAUGUGGUAAAGCUUUCAUUCAGAGCAUUUGCCUUAUUCGGCAUCAGAGAAGUCACACUGGAGAAAAACCCUAUAAAUGCAAUGAAUGUGGAAAGGGCUUUAACCAGAAUACCUGCCUCACUCAGCAUAUGAGAAUUCAUACUGGAGAGAAGCCCUAUAAAUGUCAAGAAUGUGGGAAAGCCUUUGCUCACAACACAUCUCUUACUGAACAUCACAGAACUCACACCGGUGAGAAGCUCUAUAAAUGUAGUGAGUGUGAGAAAACCUUCCGCAAGUAUGCACACCUUAGUGAACAUUACAGGAUUCACACUGGUGAGAAGCCUUAUGAGUGUGUUGAAUGUGGAAAAUUCUUCAGACAUAGUUCAGUCCUUUUCAGACAUCAGAAACUUCACAGUGCUGAAUAAAUCUGGCAUUCAUGUGAUGGUUUCUUUAGGGAGAGUGCUAGGAAUCUGGCCCAGGGGAGAGACACAGGAAGAGUUCCUAGAGGGAAGGAUAAAGGAGCCUUGUACACCACACUCAAGAAUAUUUUCAGAAAUGUAGGUGGGGGUUUGGAGAAUGCAGAGCCUACUCCAGGUGGGCAUCUGGGAAUACAGGAUAGGAAGGAAGUUCCUACUUUUCAGAGAAAGCUUGGCUCCUUGCCAUUCCUCUCCCUAGGGCACUCUAAUAGCUGGAGGUGCCAUUUAUUAAGAUAACACUGUGUUUCCCUUAUUACACUCCUGCCUUACCUUCUCAACUUGUCACCUGUGUUCACUGCUCACUAGGCUGGAUUGCUUUUCCAAACUGAUGCUCAGUGUGAAAGUGGCAGCUGUUGUGAGGUGGUACUGAGUAGCCUCCAAAUGACUGAGGUGGCUACUGUGGGAAGGCUGCCCAUCUGUGGACCUGGUCCCGUGAAGGGGAGACAGAAACAAACGAAAACAAUCCUUCUUCAUUUAUUUAUUCAACAAAUAUCAGGAUAUAUGGCAAGAACUGGGCUGAUUUCUGCAGGAAUGGUGAAGAAGGCUUUUUAUUAGGGUUAGGGAGAUCUUUCCCAAUCCUUUAAAACUAGAAGGUCACUUGGGGCUAGGAAGGAAAUAAGUCAAAACAUUUCUCAAAUGCUGUCAGUUUGUGGGAAGGAAGUCAGAUCUGCUUAGAGGGUCACAGAGAGGAAGACCUACCUUCUAUCCCUGUGGAAUUAUUGGCUUACCCAGAGAGGAAAUGGUUUUUGCUGGGUUACCAGUGGUAAGAGGCCUCAGAGCAGGAAGUCUGCCUGUGACUGAGCAAGCCACCCACAUAUUCCUGACCGGGACUAGGGCAUAUUCCUGUCCCUUAUUAGUUUGGCUGGUCGACUAGUACACAGGGACCAGGGGAUAGGAGCCCGCUAGGAUCAGCUUGGGACUUGGUUUGUUAGCCCUUAGGGUGAGAAAGCAUUUGUGAUAAAGGAAGGCAGCCCCUUUCAGGUUGGCUGCACUUGGGCAUUGGUGGACCAGUCCUUAAGAGAGAGAGCUUCAGUGAUGAAGUCACUGUAUUGGAGAAGGCUAGGUUUUGUGUAAUCACAGCAUUGGAGGUUUGUUUUUUGCUUUGUUUUGACUGUGCCACUUGGCACAAGGAAUCUGAGUUUCCUGACCAAGAUUGAGCCCGUGCCCAUUGCAGCAGAAGCGUGGAGUCUUAACCACUGGACCACCAGGGAAGUCCCGGCACUGGAGAUUAUAACCAUAGAUUCAUGAGAGUCGGAUGUUUGUUUUUAUUGGGACUUUCUUAAUCCAGAAUGUUUAUCAUUCUUUGCGAACUAGAGCUAUCUAGGGAACCACUUCUCAUGGGAUGCAUUUGGAAAGAAUUCUAAAGAGAAUUACCUCUUUUUCACCUCUGAAAAUCAAGAUAGCAUGGUUUGCCAUGACUGAUGGCAUUUUAUUUUUUGAGUGAAAAGAAGGGCAUGUUUCCCCUUUACGUCUCCAUUCUCUUUCUUGUUCUUAACUGCUACCUAGAGAAUCAGCUGUGGAAGAUUAUAUGAGGAUAGCCUUUGACUGGUAUUUGAAAUAGUUUUCUAUGCUCUGAAGUUGAUAUAGUUUUUAAAAAUAUGACCAUUAAACACAACUGAAGUAAGUUAA